GGAAGGUGACCGAACGAGGCAUUGAUUUUAUACUACCAUUAUCAAAGUCUAUAAUGCGUCCCUAAAGUGAGCUUACUUAAGAGUAUCCUGGGUCCAAUAUUUAUUUUUCACUUUCAACCUCCCUUACUAUUAUACCUACCUUCCCUACUUCUUAGCUAUUGUCAUCAUUCGCCCUAUCAGCCCUCACCGCCGUACACGAUGUUAUUCAAUUCCAAGUUCAUCGCAGCUCUCUUGGCUAUCCCUGGGGCCACUUCGAGCAAUGCUGCCGACCCAAUCGACCCGUCUAAUCUCAGUCUAUACGCCUACGGAAGAAACAUCAGCGGUUUAACUGUUUUCUAUGGCGAUGGUCUUGCUUACAUUGGCUCCACCCCGCUGAACGGAGUAUCUGUGGCUUCGAAUAUUACAUUUUCUACCACCGAUCCUGCGUCCGAAACUGCAACUUGGAACGUCACGUCAACAAACGCUGCCUUUAGCACCACUCCCUUGUUGUACAUUGUUCCAACCGACAGCGCCUUCACCCAAGUUGGCUUCUACGGCAGUAGCAACAAUAGUUCACUUCCCACGGGUGGGGUAACAACAGGCUUCGUCCUCUUUGGUAACUACCUAUCUUACAUCGCUUCUGAUGGAACUAUGCAACAGCAAUUCUGGGCCCAGGCCACUGAUACCAUUGGCACUUGGAAGCUUAUGUGGAAUGCUGGUGGUGAGGGAGGUGUUAUUGCCGACGGGUAUACGAUUACCCCUGUUAGCAUCAAAAUCCGCGCUCCACUUGUGAUAGACGAUUCGGCGACUAAAUAGACAGUUCCAAUGGGUAUAUCGUGAUCCGUUGUGGGCAUGAAGGGGGUUGGAAUCAAGUAUUUAAGAAAGUGAUGAAGAGGGGGGGGGAGAUAUGGCAAUCAGAUUGUGGAUGAGGAUUAUUACUUUCUGAGAUCGAUAGUUUGAACUUCUGUUAAAUAGAACCAGUCA